AGACGAUCUCCAGUGUCCCUCCCGCCUUGGGCAGUGAUUUCUCGCAGUCUUUAUUCACACCCUGGAGUCCAGUGUGAAAUCGCUGCAAAAGCAGGAAUGAUUAUACAAAGAGUAGUGCUGAAUUCACGCCCUGGUAAGAAUGGAGUGCCAGUGGCUGAAAACUUCAGACUGGAGCAAAGUACAAUACCAGACACAGUGCAAGAGGGACAAGUACGUGUUAGAACCCUGUAUCUCUCUGUGGAUCCUUACAUGCGCUGCCGGAUGAAUGAAGAUACGGGUUCAGAUUACCUCUUGCCUUGGCAGCUAUCUGAAGUUGCUGAUGGUGGGGGCAUUGGGGUUGUGGAGGAGAGCAAGCAUAAUAACUUUGCUAAAGGAGACAUCGUCACUUCCUUCAAUUGGCCCUGGCAGACAGUGGCCAUUCUGGAUGGAAGCUUGCUACAAAAGGUUGUUCCACAACUUGUGAAUGGACGCCUUUCCUACUUUCUUGGCGCAGCUGGAUUGACAGGACUGACAGCCUUGCUAGGUAUAAGAGAGAAAGGCCAUGUGACUGUGGGUGCCAAUCAGACCAUGGUGGUGAGUGGAGCAGCUGGUGCCUGCGGUUCUUUGGCUGGCCAGAUUGGCCAUCUGGACGGGUGCUCUAAAGUUGUGGGUAUUGCUGGCACAGAUGAAAAGUGCUCCAUUUUGGUCUCAGAAAUGGGGUUUGAUGCUGCUAUCAAUUACAAGAAAGGGAAUGUGGCACAGCAGCUCCGUGAACUCUGCCCAGGUGGUGUGGAUGUUUACUUUGACAAUGUUGGUGGAGAGAUCAGUGAUACAGUUAUAAGCCAGAUGAAUCAGAACAGCCACAUCAUCCUGUGUGGACAGAUUUCUCAGUAUAACAAAGAUGUGCCUUAUCCUCCUCCAUUGCCUCCUGACACAGAAAUACAGAAAGAAAGAAACAUCACAAGAGAAAGAUUCUUGGUGUUGAAUUAUAUGGACAAACAAGAAGCUAGCGUACUGCAACUCUGUCAGUGGAUCCAAGAAGGUAAACUGAAGGUCAGAGAAACAGUGGUAGAAGGCUUAGAGAAUAUUGGUGCUGCUUUCCAGUCCAUGAUGAAUGGAGGCAAUAUUGGAAAACAGAUCGUCCUAGUUUCUAAGUAAAAGUCAUUGCUUGGGGAAAAGUAAUUGAUUCUAUCCAUAGUAAUAAGCAAGUUUUACUUAUAGUAAUUACCACCUUAAAUAAGCAGUUGUUCUUUAUAUAUUAAGAGCAGAUGUUUUAGGAUGCUAAGGCAAAAACCAUGCUAAUAAACUGAACAGAAUUGGAAACAGGAAUGCAAUAGUUUAUACUAAAAAUGGUAAUAUUUUUGACAUGAUUUGACAGCAAUCAAUUAGCACACUUACAAGUAAUUUAUGGGUAUGGUUUGGCAGUUAGACCACCUCAGGAACUAUUUCCAAUAAGUAAUUUGUAUACAGUCACCUAGUUUUAGAUGUUGGAAGAAUUACUUGCAUACAUAUGUGUUGUUCCUAUGCUAAUUUGUCUCAUUGCCCAAGAACUUGAUAAUUUUUCAUUUACUAGUAUAAACUUAGCUUGACAGUCCAAUCAAUCUGGCUAUCAUAAGCUUAGCUUGACAGUCCAAUCAAUCUGGCUAUCAUCUUAAAAUUGUAAGUGGUCUAACUUUUUUUUUCCAGAUAAGAACAAUCAAAAAUUCCUUUCCUACAACUCAAGUUCUGUAGUAUCAAAGAUACUUCUGUUUUGCCAUCUGGAACAAGUUUCCACUGAUUGCAUUUCCCAGUUUUCUGUACUGUAUCAUUAUAUAGCCUCUUUUCAGAGUACCUUAAACCUAGUUCAUUUAGAAUUCCAUCUGCAUGCCACCUGAGACUUUCAUCAGAGGAAGGUCCAGCUAUAAGGGCUAGCUUAUUUUGGCGGAACAAUGCUCUUUUACCAUUUUGGAAGCUUGAGAAGCAAGCCACUGUUUCCAAGUUUGACUAACAUAACCUCAAGCCAAGUGAUACUGAUGCAAUCUAAACAUGUCUUCAAAAUAAAGCCAUUAGAAUUCCACCAUUAUGUACGUUUAGAAACACUGACACAUUAAUUUAGUGAUUAGGAUAAUUUAUGACAGCGUAACUUACAAGCUAUUGGUUUUGUUUUAAAUAUUUGCCUUUAAGAGGAGUGCUUCCAAGCAGUAGGGUAGGCUAAGAAUGGAUCCUCUAGAUCUUCUUGAGUCACUACCUACACUCAAACUAAAUGGAAUCCAAGAACUAGGAGAUAAACUAUUCAGGAAGUUUGGCAUUUAAAUCUUUUUGCACACUGUAGAAAGAGAACAGAUAACAGAACUGCCUCAUAUCUUUCUGAGCUGUGUGAAAAACAGUCCCUUGAUUCUCAAUCCAAUAUCAACAUCACUAACUUGAGCACUAGCAAUAACAUCAUGGUGGGACAGAAGCCAAAAUUGUUGUGGAAGAAAAUCAGCAUCAUUGUAGUUAGCAAAUGAAGAUAAAAAGCAUCAGAUGAAAGAAAUUCUAUGAAUUCCUGCUUAUUGACUGUUUAUAGAUGAUACUCAUUCCUGAAAUUUGGGCAUUUCAAGCUUAAAGACUUGAUAAUUUGUACACAGAUGAGAAAGAGAGGAGGGAGCUAAGAGGAAAUGCAGCCUUUUCAAACAGAACCAGAUGUUCUAUUGAGUGCUCUGGUACAUCAGAUCAUGUGGCUUAAUUGUCACCUUUCCUUUUCUUCUCUCCCACAUACAAACACUUUAGAUUGAAACAGCAUCAGCCUGGAGGCUGUUAUGCAAUGCACGCCCUUUCUGCAGUAAAACUUCUACAAGGCAGUAGGCUGGCCUUAAUGCACUGUAACAAUCUUUCUGCAUAGACUUCCUCCUCCUAAAGUCCAGUUCAUUCCUAAAGUUCAUCUCCAAAUGUAAAAGAAAUAAACAAAACAAACAGCCCACUUCUUCACACAAAUUUAAACAUCCUCUUGCUUAUAUUUCCCUAUAUUUGGCUUCCUCUAACCUACCAAUUUUAUCUAUAUAAAUUAUCUAUAUAGAUAUAUAUGUUUCAACAACGUUUUGAGAAAAGAUGAUGCCUUAUGAUCUUAAAACUGAAGACCCUUUUGUUUCAAUUCAAAGCAUUCUAGUUACUUACAUGCAUCUAUUUCAGAAGGGAUUUCAUCCAUGACCUGUGGUCAGUUUGUAUUGCAAGAAUGUAAGGAAGGCAGCAUAGCAAUAACUGCUGCUAAAAAGGUGUUAAAAUGUUUUCACACAUUAUGGGUGAAGGCAACUUACUUAUACUUCCAGAGUUGCAUUUGCUUGUCCAAAGUACAAACGUUGGACUUCUGAACAUUGUUUGCUAAAGAGCUAUUACAGAAUGAGCUCAUGAGUGAGGACCAUGAGCUGACACACCUUCCAAGAAGGACAGCCUCUAGGAUCUGAAUUUUCACAACUGAAAAUAUGAUUAAAUUUUAAAAUUCCCAGCAUGAUGAUUUUUACAGCAAUUGCUUAGUAAUCCAUGCACACUGUAAGCCCAUUGCAGUCUGAUGAUGUGAAGGGUGACCUAGAGUGAGGUCAUGCUGAGAUAUUAAUUCUCUACUGUAAUAAAGGCAGCUUGAUUGCUGCAGCAUUCCAGUAGAUUAGGUAACUCACAGGGAGGAAUAUUCUGCCAGCAUAAGUCAGAUGACUAUAGGGAAAAAAAAAAGAAAAAGAGAUACAGGCAGUUAAAGUAGACUUCAUCAUGGUACUUCCAAUAUCUAGAAAACUUUUCUGCAUUUGUGAACCCUGGCCUAACGUUAUCUCUUCAGAAUAAAUAAAAAUCAAAGGAAUAAAAUCUUUUAAAUGAA